UUGAUGCCUCGGGAGGUUUCUUUCCUCUCUUUUCGGAACCAGUAGAUAGCAGAGCACGCAAAAGCUUUUGAAACCUGUGGCCUCAUUCUAAUUUAGCAAAAUAUCUAAAUAUUGACCUUAGUUAUUUGAAGAAAAAACUAAAGGUCCUCGGCUCAGAACGUUUUCUAAUUUUUCCAGAAACGAAGCAGAAGAUUGAGCUGCUGAUGUCAGUUAACUCUGGAAAGUCGUCUUCUUCAGAAAGGCCAGAGGCUCAACAGAAAGCUCCUGCAGGUCCUCCUCCUCCUCCUCCUCCUCCUCCUCCUCCUCCUCCUCCACGUCUACCUGACCAUGCUGUUCCAGAACCUGAGGAGGAAAUUUUGGGAUCUGAUGAUGAAGAACAAGAAGACCCUGCUGACUAUUGUAAAGGUGGUUACCAUGCGGUGAAAAUAGGAGACCUGUUUAAUGCUCGAUACCAUGUAAUUAGGAAACUAGGAUGGGGACAUUUUUCCACAGUAUGGCUGUGCUGGGAUAUUCAAGGGAAGAGGUUUGUUGCCAUGAAAGUGGUCAAGAGCGCCCAGCACUACACAGAAACAGCUCUGGAUGAAAUUAAGUUACUGAAGUGUGUGCGAGAAAGUGAUCCCUGUGAUCCAAACAAGGACAUGGUGGUGCAACUAAUCGAUGAUUUCAAACUUUCAGGCAUGAAUGGCAUACAUGUCUGUAUGGUGUUUGAAGUGCUGGGUCACCACCUUUUGAAAUGGAUUAUCAAAUCAAAUUACCAGGGACUUCCUAUUCUUUGUGUGAAAAGUAUUAUUCAGCAGGUAUUGCAGGGUUUAGAUUAUCUACACAGCAAGUGCAAGAUCAUUCAUACUGAUAUAAAACCAGAAAACAUCUUAAUGUGUGUAGAUGAAUCCUACAUUCGACGAAUGGCUGUUGAAGCAACAGAAUGGCAAAAAGCUGGUGCUCCACCACCUUCUGGCUCAGCAGUGAGUACUGCUCCACAGCAGAAACUGGGAGGAAAAAUGUCUAAAAACAAAAAGAAGAAGCUGAAAAAGAAGCAGAAGAGGCAGGCGGAGCUGCUGGAAAAACGUAUGCAAGAGAUAGAAGAGUUGGAGAGAGAGGCAGAGAGGAAGAAGAUGGAAGAGAUUUUAACAACUGUAACACCAAAUGACCAGAAAGGAGAAAAAAUAGAUGAGCUGAAAGAAACAGUGAUAGAUCAUGUGGUAGAUGAGGAACAACGUAAUGAAUGCAAUGAGUUUGAUAAUCAGGAAGAAAAGGAAGACACAGAGAAAGAGAAUAUGGAAAAAGAUGAAGUAGAAAAUGUGGUUACCAGGACAGAGCUGAAAUGCAAUGAAUCACCAAAAACGAAUGGACAUGUUGAAAAUGGUCCGUUUUUGCCUGAUCAGCUUUGUGAAGAAGAAGAGGAGGAAGAUUACGACGAUGAUGAUGAUGAUGAUGAGUGUCCAAAUACUGAAGAGAGUCCUGCUGAUGGACCAAAUGCUGAAAGUUUAACCUAUAGUGGCCCUUAUGGACGUUUUAAUGGAGAGUUGCAGAAUGGACAGAAUAAAAGCCCUGAGGCAGAGUUCUCUGAAAUGUCUGAAAAUGUGUUUUCUAAGCUUUUAGAAUCUGCAGCUUGUGGAUCAGAUGGUUCGACAGUGAUUGAACGAGAAGACAGUAGUCCAUCUCAAGACAGGAGCAGAACUGUGUCUGCAUCCAGCACCGGAGACGUGCCAAAAAUAAAAGUUCGGGCAGCGGAUUUGCUGGUAAAUCCACUUGAUCCAAGAAACGCAGAGAAAAUUAGAGUUAAAAUAGCUGACUUGGGAAAUGCUUGUUGGGUUCAUAAGCAUUUCACAGAAGAUAUCCAGACAAGACAGUAUAGAUCAAUAGAAGUUCUGAUUGGUGCUGGGUAUAGCACACCGGCUGAUAUAUGGAGUACUGCCUGUAUGGCUUUUGAACUUGCAACUGGAGAUUAUUUAUUUGAACCUCAUUCUGGUGAAGACUAUUCCAGGGAUGAAGACCACAUAGCACACAUCAUAGAGCUGCUAGGCAAUAUCCCAAGACACUUUGCUCUUUCUGGGAAAUAUUCUCGGGAAUUCUUCAAUCGCAGAGAUCACAUAGCUUUGAUCAUUGAACUGCUGGGGAAAAUCCCUCGAAAGUUCGCAAUGUCUGGGAAAUAUUCCAAGGAGUUUUUCACCAAAAAAGGUGAACUGCGACACAUUACAAAGCUGAAACCUUGGAGCCUAUUUGAUGUUCUAAUAGAGAAAUAUGGAUGGCCUCAUGAAGAAGCUAUACAGUUCACUGACUUCUUGCUGCCCAUGCUAGAAAUGGUCCCUGAGAAACGUGCUUCUGCAGCAGAAUGCCUCAGACACCCGUGGCUUUGUUCCUAGCAGCAUUCACCAAUUUUCUUCAAGGAACCAACAAUCACUCCAGUGUUCAUUGUGGACCCAGCAAAGUGGCAAACUGUCAAACAUCAGGGGUGUAAAUCAGAUGAUUCCAACAUCAAACCAUUGUUCACUCUGAAGUACUGUUAAUGUUUGAAAUUUUGCUUUUGUGCACUGUGUUUUUGGAAAGGGUAGUUUUUGUCCUUAGCGAGAGGUAGUUGGCCAACUGACUCUGCUGAAAACACUUAACAUGUCUUGAUGCUUUGUUUCAUGUGUUGCCUGACCUUCUCAUGUUAAAUUUCCUAACUGAAAGUAAUUAUAAAAAUGUUAGUUUUUUUUCAUGUGUUUGGAUAUUUUUUGUACCUAUUUAUGAAAAUUGUUCUAGCUGAUGAGUAUUAAUAUUGAAUGACAAAAUGAUAAGGGUAAGAAGCUACUGUAUCAAGUAAGGAAGUAGCUGAGACAUUGCAAAGAGCUGUACAAUUGUAUGCAAUAGGAAAGAAGCAUUAUUCUUGUAAAAUCUGUAGAUUUUCCUGUAAAAAUAUCUUUCCAUAAAAUACAGAAAUGGGACUUAAACUGUAAUGUGGCUAAGAGAAUGCAUGUUUUUUGGAGCUUGUCUACUUACUUUAGGAGACUGUAAAUUUUACAUUUGUUGCCUGAGUUAUCAUUGUAUUGCUGAAUCCAACCAUGCCUAUAACCCUCAGAUUAGUCUUGAAACAGAUUGUUAAAGGAGUCAAGUCACCAGUCCUCAAGUAUGCUUUGCAGUCAUUGCAAAAAUCCCUUAAUUGUCUUUCCUUAUUUAUGAAAGUAUACAUACAAGAAUGGACCCUGCAGAAAGUUUGGCAUAAUGUUAUAAAAAUAUUACUUUUUAAUUAUUCUAUCUUUACUGUGCUUCAGCAUUGUAAGAUAUAGAUCCAAGGAAAAUAUUUACAUGCUUUUCUGUAUUGAAGCUGGCAAAAAGGAGUAAAAAGGAAAAAGUGACUUUUCUAUGUGCAGAUUUACUAUUUUGUCACAAAAAUUUAUAUGUUAAACUAUUUUGCCAAGUUGGAAUUCAGAAAUGAUAAAUUCAUUGAUAAAAAUAUGAACAUUAAAAAAGAACAUAAUCAAACUUAUUUAAAACAAUUUACAAUACAGCAAAUCCCACAGACUUUAGCAUAAAAGGAGAGUUAACCUUAGUCUUCUAACAGCAUUGCUUUCUCAGAAUCAGACAAUGGCAUAACAAAUUGCACUGGUCUUUGUAGCUUUUUCAGGGAUUACCAAUGUAAAUAGGAAGUAUUUUUUUUAAAUCAUCCAUGUAAGCAUUGCAUUCUUGAAAUGUAAGUUUAAAUGUUUCCUGAAUUGCUGUGUGUAAUGAAAGACAUAUUAGGUUGCAGAAUGUUGUGGUCAAAUGAUAUUCUGGCAUGUUCCAUCUUAUUGCAUUUUCUUCUUGUCAAGUCUUCAAUAGACAGUCAAUGAUGUGAAAGUGAACUGGCUAGUUUCAUUCCCAUUUUCCACAUUAAUUAUGGUGCCACCAUUCCGAAAUCUACCACUUGCUGGUUUAUCCAUCUGCCUUUGCAAUAACUAGAUUGUGGACAAAAUAAUUCUGGUAUUGUAAUAAUAGCCAAUUGUUUGAGGUGCUUGUAACUGUCUAAUUAAACUAUUUUGUUUUCACAAGUUGUGCUGCUCCUGGAAUGGCAAUUUCAAGAUUUUUUGCAAUAAUAUUAUAUGUAUUGUUUUGUAAUAACAAAGGGAUAAGUUGUCACUUUUUUUUGUCAUCCACUGUAAACAUUGUAUUAAGUUCAGUUUCCACAUGUGAUAGGCAAUUUAUCUUCAUCAUCCACCAAGGGAUUGUCUUUUGGAAAACAUUUUUUUUUCCCUGUUAAAGUUUAGGUAACUUUCAACUCUUUGAGAGAUGAAUACAGCCGCCUUCUAAAUAUUGCCUUCAGCUUUGUUUUUGCUUUUAGCAUAAGCUUUUUGGCUUGCUUUACUAACUGUUUGAAAUGCUAUGUUUCUGGGCUGCCUUCUGGAUCUGAAAAGAACAGGCAUAGAAGGAUGUCUGUUCCCAAUCUUGAGGCGCACAGAGAGGUUAUAUUCAAAGCCAUGAUCCUGAAGAGUUUGCCUGCCUCAUUACAGCUGUAAUUCGGAAGGCUGAUUGGGAGAGCUGGAGGCAAGAUUGUGAUUCCAUGCCUGAUCAUGUGAGCAUUCAGAAUUCUUGGGCUGACCCUUUAUCAAGUUCGAUUUGCCACUCAUCUAAAAUGGUCUUCUCCAGGGUGAAGGAGUGGUGUUCAUUGAUCAGUACAGCUAUUCCUCUACUGAGGUGGAGUGAGACACUAUCAUUGUUUGCCAAAAUCACUCAAGUUUGACAUCCUCUGAGGCAUUAAGAUGGGUGUUUUUCAGGAAUUCUGUCUUUGUUUGCACUUGAAGUUGGGCAGAAUUUCUUUCCUGUUUUAAUUGAUUAAGUAAUUUGAUAUUAAGAGAUAUUUUGAGCUCAGGCAUAGAAGUUGGAUAAGUGUAUGCGUUAAGCUUUUAGUACAAUGAAGAUUUGACAUCCUUGGUUGUCAAUGUCAUUAUUUUUAUGCCCAUUUCCAAGUUUACCUCCAAUAAAUAAAUCAUCACAGGAUGUAAA